CUUUUCUACAUAAAUGUUGGCAGUAACUUUAACCUAGAAGAGCAGAAGGUUAUAAUUUAGGAAAAUAAACACAAUAAUCAUGAAAAAAACGUAAUAACAAAGAAAAAUAGAAAAAUGUCGGAUUCGGAAGAUGAUUACAUGUCUGAUAAGCUUUUAAUGAAAUGUGAUGAAGACGUCCGUCCUGGACUAGUUUUCAACCGCACAACGAAACGAAAGUAUGAACUAGAGAAAAAAAGGCAGGAGCUUUCGGCCAAGAAGCCCAAAAACAGUAAAGAAAGAGAAGAGGAGCGAAGACAAGAGGGCUUGAACACUGCUAUUUCAAAUGACAACAAGGGCUUUAAAUUGUUGGAGAAAAUGGGUUUCAAGCAAGGACAAGGUUUGGGAAAAUCGCAGUCUGGCAUAACAGAGCCCAUUAAAAUAGAACUAAGGAGUGGCAAGUCAGGGGUUGGGUUAGAAAGCCAUUUUAAGGAAAAAGUUACCAGGAAGAAGGUUCACAAAGAGGAGACUCUUGCAAAGAAAAUGGACGCGUUUCAUACAAGUAUUAAAAAUAAACAAGCCCAGAAGUUGCUCUGUAAGGAUUUUGUUAAAGCGCAGAGAGCUUGUGAAGAUUUGGAUUUAAGAAAGAACACUGAUGAGCCAAUUCAGGAGUUUUAUUGGACGAGGGAAACAAUUAAGAAGAAGAGAGGUGUUCAAGACGAUGAGGAAGAAGAGGAACAGUUUAAUGAAGAAUUUGAUUCCUACUUUACUGAUGAAAAUUUAAGCGAACUAAUUCAUUAUCUAAGAAACACGCAUUUAUAUUGCAUGUUUUGUGCAUUUGUCGCAACUGACGAAAAUGACUUAAGUACAAGUUGUCCAGGUCCUAACAGAAGCGAUCACGAUGACGAUUAAAUAAAUUGUGAUUUUUAA